AUGUCAGUAUUAUCCCCACCCUCACCAGGAUUCUUGGCUUCAUCUCUUUCUUUAUCAGAUCAUUCAACCAAUUUCUUGCAGCAUCCAAAGGAUUACCCACAACAUAAUAAUCAACUUCAGGAACAGAUUGCAGUAUAUGAAUCACAAUGCAUCAAGUUACAGUGUGAAAUCACAAGACUCACAGGAGAACGUGAUACUAUCAAACAAUCAUAUCAUGCCAUUAUUCAAGUUCUUGGAUUGCUGAAAGAUACAGACCCUCUCAAGUUCAGCAUUGACAAUAUCAUGGCAAUGGUCUCUCACAUCAAGCGAGGCACUGCUCCUUACCUUGAGGAAGAAGAUGGUAAUCAUACCAUGAACACUACACUCAAGUCUAUUCGCCAGAUGUGUCGCACAGCAUGGGCAGAGCUUGUUGUGAAGAAACUCGCACCACUAACAUGGGCAAGGCUAUGUGCUUCUGCGGAAGUACCACCUCAAUCAGGACAGGACCUGGAAGAACCCAGACAGACUGCCGCCAAACGUGAGGCUAUGGAUGAGGAUGAGGAUGACAUGCACUUUGACACCAAGCCCAUUGUUCACAAUGUUAAGAAGUCAAAGGGUAAGAAACACAAAUGUAGUAUGGAUGCCUCCAAUGCUUCAGAGCUCACCAACAAGCGUCAAAAAGUGACUCUUGUACCCAAACACUGUCCUGGCUCUCUCAUCAACAUCUCCGACUCGGGUGCCUCCCUGUCGUCUUCUGAUCAUUCUCUCCCAGCAACUCCAAUUGACACCACAUCCAUUGUUAUCCACAGCAGCACUCAUACUAGAAACACAGAUCUUCCCUCUCCUCUUAGCAACCAUGACUGCAAUCACGAUCUUCUUGAAGGCCUUGGCAACAGUCCCGACAAACAACAUGAGCCUGAUCUGCCUCUGCCUACACUCCCUCCUUCUUCUCCACCUUGUCAUGGCGCCUUUCUUCCUGGCAUCUCACUCGAUGAUUCAAACAACGAGAACGUCUCUGUUGUCCUCAAGAAUUCACUCGCAAUAUAUUUGGUGGGCACAGUGGCAUUCCCAAAGUCAUCCCCACUCCAGCACUUCCUCCAAGCACUUGAGCAAAGGUUCUACGAAGAAUGGAAAACCAACAAAAACGGAACCACAGAUGAAUUCAAGCUCUAUUGGACCACCCUGUCAACAGCUCAGCAAGACGAAUAUCAAGCUGAGGCUGAGCGUCUUGACAGCACUGGUGCCUGGAAGAAGGCCUCCGAUCCUGCCGUCAUCAACGGCACUCCUUACUAG